GAAAUAUUUUUCGCUACGUAUUUUUAAAGCGGAGGCUCCGUCGCGAUUUUGUGUCGGAAUGAAAUAAAAGUCAGAUCAUAGAACCGCAUGCGUUUGCGAUAUUGAACGCAUCGAAGAAAUUGAAUCCUCACUGACAAAUCCUUACUGGCUACCUCAGCUCUAAAGCGGUGCCGCUGCUAGUCGUCGAUUAGAUAGUCUCCUCGUCCGUUUUCUAUUCUAAUUCUGAUGCUAUUCUGGUAUCGGUGAUGGCAGCCAAUAGGCAACGCGUUCACCCAGCUACGUUACGCUCGUUGCUCUUCGUUCUUCGCAUCUUCAGCCUACGUGCACCACCAGUAACACCCCCUUCUUCCCCGUGCCGAAGACAGUCGCUCUCGGGGCAUCGCGUGCGAUAGAUUAAUCCUGCGUAUCCCGUCGCUUGUACUCAGCCCUAGUCGAUGUCGUUCUUUAUCAGCCCGCCAUCGGCUCUCAUCGUCCGAUCUCACCUAUGUGCCUGAAUCGAUUCGCCCCCCUCCCCCCCGUCCGCGUCGGGCGAGCUGGAUUAUUCCAUCUGAACCGCACGGGCAGUGCUCCUCUGAGAGAGCGGUCCUGAACUAGUCGUCAGAAUUAUCGCCUAACGAGGCAAUAACGAGCAGGAUAACGCUCACUAAAGAAAAAGUGCAUGAUGCAGUGGCGUCGGCAGAAGAGGAUCACCCAUGUGAUCGGCUCCUCGAAUCAUGUGCUGCUCUUAGCGAGGUACCAAGACGCUCCGCCUGGUGAAGAGGACGAGGAAGAGGGUUUGCGGAAGGAAUACGUGAAGAGCCAGGAUAAGGAGGCGAACGCACAUACCAUCGAUCGCAACGGGCAGAGCGGUUACAAACCACGGCGAUGCGGCACCGGUACCAGCGGUAGUACGAGUGGCUAUGCUAGUAGUAGCUCACGAUCGCAUCGGGAUGAGAGCUCGGGCUCGCCGUCGCAACCUAAGAUCAUUUUCAACGAGGACGAAUACACGAGGAUUACGACACCACGGCAAGACGUCCUCUUUAAGAAGGGUUACUUGUCGCGCAAGAAGCCUUGGACCGGUAACGCGAGCACCAGCGCCACACCGUCGACCACGGAGAGUCAAUCGGCGUCACAUUCCACCGCAGACGGCAGUGAAACUACAGAGGAUCAGCAGUUAUUGGAUAGGGACAGUGGAACGGGAGAAUAUCCGCCCAUGGUAGAGUCGGGAGCGCAACUAGGAUACGGAACGUUUUAUGAUCACUCGAGCGGCUACUACUACGAAUACCCUGUGAUGUUGGUCGGACCUGCGCCAGUACCUGCUCAAGUCGGACCAAGUGUUUUAGCUGCUGUACCCUGCGGCCCAGUGCCUCUAAGGCCGAUCGAGUGGAUCAACCCUGCCUUCGUGCCUAAACUUGCCAAUCAACCGUACUGCUUAAUGGAUUAUCAGACUAGUCAAAGCACAGAAACGGCUACGAUAAUGGAGGAGCAUAGCGACACGAUGGUGACGGAAGCCCCCAACGGUACGUGGAACGAGAGCGGCACCGGUAGUGCCAGUUGUAGCGGCAGCGUGGUCGAGGAAGUCGAUACCGAAGAGAUGAACAGCUCGACGAAAACGACGAUAACGACGACGACGACGACAACGAUAGAACAGCCAAAGGAGCAGUUCGUUGAGGAACAACAAUAUCCGGAGCAACAUCAUGAACAUCUUGAGGGUCAGCCACAGCAGCAGGAGCAACAGCAGCACCAGCAGCACUUGGAGAAUGGCGGCGUGACGACGGAGGUGGAUCCGUACUUGGAGCCGCUGAUGCUGCAGGAACCACCUUCGAUGCACAUGUCGCACGUAGUGCCAGCCGUGCCGCAACCGUACAUAUAUCCCGGCCACUACAUGUUCGGUCCGCCCUUGGUCAACGUUAAUGGUGUCACCAUCCAGGGCGGACCAUUGGUGAGAACUAUGGACAUAGCGGCUGUGACAAUGGCUUGCGGCAAACGAAGAAAGAAAAGAAAGAAACGAAAGCAGAAAAGACCUAUUUUGGGUAACACCGAAGAUGAGGAGGAAGGAGAAUACAGUUCCGAAUGUGAUAACGAUUUAUCGUCUUCCCGACUGCCUUGGUCGGAUUGUCCGGUCACCACAAUUACAACAACGACGACGAUGACGACGACGGCGGCGGUGGCGAAACCUCGGCCACUCAAUCCGGAGUGUCAGGAAUUUCAGUUACGGCCGGCGCUGCAAUUCCAAAUCUUCUCUAGUCUUGUGGAGACGUCCGCCGUGGCCGAAAAUGCUACAACGUAUGCCAACGACGCACCGGAUGCAUCAUCGUCGAUCAUCAUCGCCGAGACGGAACCCGCGGGUCUCAGUCGCGAGUUUGACGAGAUACGCGACGUCUCGACGGCGCAAUGUUCAACGAACUUUGAAGACGCGUCUGCGUCGACGAUCCGCGAAAACUCGGAGCAGCUCGUCGCGCAGCAGAUGCCAUCGGGAAACGUUCCGCAGUUGGCGAUUUCGAUUGGACCCAAGCCAAAAGACAAGAACAUUAAGGUUAACGGUCGCGUGGAUUUGAUCGAGGAUUUGGAGACGGUAGCAACGAGCGAGAUCGCCUUCACGGGAGCGAAGAACGACAGCGUGUCGAUCGACAAUACGACGCUCUUCGGCAAAAACGACACCGUCGAGAACGAUAACGACUCGGCGGCCAUGGCCGAUGUGAUAAAACGCGAUUUGCUCAAGAGCGAUGAUAAUAGCGUCACCACGGAACUGCUGAAUAAUCAUAUCAAGCGCAAGAACAGCAAGGCAGUUUUAACCAACGGUAAGGCGGGCUUCAAACGCCACGGCAAGCUAACGGAGCAGAUAAACGCUCCCGACAAGUCGAGAUCGCAGAGUCCUCAGGUUGACGAUACGUUCACCGAUGAAUCACGUCCAAGUCUAGUCAUGUCCAAAGCGAACGCAACAGUAACGAACGUCAAUGUACUGGUGAAAGAUGAAGAGGAGGAGGAGGAGGACGAGGAAGAAGAGGAGGAGGAACAGGAGGGGGAGGAACGGCAGAAGACUCAUCGAGCUUCAUGGCAUUGCAAUAAUUCGUCCGUCGUGCAAACAAUGACUGCGUCAUCGUUGACGCAGCCGAAAAAGUACAGCAAGAAAAGUCCGAAAUUCGUGAGGGAGCCUACACCUGGGCCGGAUCUGGGUGACCAGGCGACGCGCUCGGACAUGGAGAACGGCAAAAUGGUCGUGCGUCGGCUCGAAUCUGUCGAGCUGCCGGAUGACACGCGCGUAGCAUACGCAGGUCGCGACGACGCUGCUGAUACGAAUGUACUACUCGGCAAUGACGACAGCAAGACUAAGACGACCAUAAGUCAGGAGACGGUUGAGGGUUCCAAUGAGGAUUCCGGUUUCGAGAGUCAGACUCGAUUGUCGAAGUAUCCGAUUACAGCCGCGGUGACAGAGUGGCUGCGUCGUACCAAUUCGCCGGACAUGUUCCUCACACCGGUGUCGACGUCGGACAGCGAGACAGACGGCGACGAGGAUGAUGAUGAAGAAAUAAAUACAAAGCCGCCAAAAAACUUGCAAGGCAACCCCAUGCCUGCACUAUCUGUUAAUAGCGGCGUCGACAACAGUGUCACUACGACGUUGUCGCGUACGGCUAGCUGCGGCGAAUUCGCAAAGUCCAACAACAACCAUAACAACAACAAUAACAACAACAACAACAAUAGCAGCAACAACAUCAGGAUGAUCGAUCGAGUGGAGACGAACGGCACGUCGCUGAUCGGCAGGCGCAAGAAGGACACGGCAGGUGCAACGAGGAGAAAAACAGCAACGACAAAGAAGACCGACAAGCGCAACGGCAGAAACGUUGAUGAGAAGACGCAGAAGCACUUGGUUUCCUCGUUGGUCCCUUGCCACCGAUUAGAGAACAUCGUCGGCGCCGCGAAGCUGAAGAAUCCGUCGGAGAGCAGUGUUGGUGACAUUUGCGAAUUUACUCAGAAGGAUAGCGUUGCGGGUAUGAGGGUUGCUUUAAGUUCUCGGAUAAAUUCGAAGAGAGUCAACGCAAGACGAGCCAAGACAUUGCGUAGGAUCAAGAGAGAUCCCGUGGAGAAUAUUGAUAUCAGGAUGCGACGUAUAGACGACACGAAGAACGUGAAGAACGACGGCGGCGGCGAAACUGCCGACAACAGCGUAAGCGUGCGAACGUUUGAGAAGGGGGAGAUUAUCGUCUCGAAAGAUGGCAGAUUAUUGCCGACUUCCUCGUACGAGCAAGUACCAUCCGACGAUCGAGAUACCUCGGAGUUAACGACGAAAACGAUCGCCGUCGACAUGAUCAACGAAAACGUGCGGGAGGAGGAGGCGAGGAACAGUAGCGAGAAUGACGAAAACAUGAUGAUGUCCUCGGUUAGCAUAGAGGAACCCGACGUGUUGGAGUGCUGGGAGGCGGAGACCAUCGAGCCCGUGAUCACACCGAAGCGAAUGUUACAGAGCCCUGGUGUCCUGUGCGAGGGUGAAGCCGUGGAGGACGACAGUUUGGAAGUCGAGAAGGCCACCGUGGAACAUGUGCGCAAAUACUACAGACUGGACAGCAGCGCUAUCAGCAUUGAUGGGGAGUCGAGCGAAUUGAGCGUUCGCUCGGUAGUAUCGGUUCCGAAGUCGAGAAUAGUGCCAAAUAAUCCAGGGAAGAUGAUCGAGCAUCUCCGCGGCGUCGAGGAGAUCCCGAUCGUCAUGCCGGACAAAAGUCGGGACAUUAUUUUGGGAGACGAGAAGAUACCGGUCGACGAGGCGUUCGAGGUGUACGAGAGCUGUUAUACCGCUGGGAAAUCACCAUUCCCAGCGCCGUUCGACUCGAGCAUGUUCAAACAACAGCGGCCAUUACUCCAGAACGGCGACGGCCCGAUACCGUGCAGAGCGGUGUGCUGUAACAUACAAUAAUGACAGAAGCAAAAUCUCUCUCAUACACAUCCCCCAUCGUACACGUGCGCGCACACACACACACACACACACACACACACACACACACACACACACACACACCUACAUACAUACAUACAUACAUACAUACAUAUACACGCACGCAUACGCGCGUGCGCGAACUAUUCCACGCAAUGAAGAAAGCGCGGAAUAUAUCGUUACAAUAUAGAUAGAGUAUUACAAGAUAUACUUAGAAUGUAUUGUAAUAAUAUGUUACCAUGGUCUCGCAACAAGGUGAUUCAGUUUUUUCCAAAAUAAGCCGUUGACGUUACACUUCUCCGGGUAUAUCGCGCCAUGUGUGCACGCGUGCACACAUAAUACGCGCGUAUGCAUCUCAUGUUGUUCGGAAAAAUAAUUAGAAAAAAAAAUUACCUCGUUGGGCAAAUUGUUCUCUUUUUCGAAAGCCCAACGAGACGCGCUCAAGCGAACUGAACGAUGUUAUCUUGAAAACGCGUGAAUCGCGUUUCCAUUUUUGUAAAUAGUUUUAAGGUUUUGUUUAUGAUCAUAUUUCAUCAUUUAAAGAAUUUUCAAGAUUUUAUGUAUGAGAGGCAUACAUUGUAGUCACUCUACGAUAGCAUUUUACCUGUCAUUAUACACUUUGACUACCAUGUUAUCAUGUUGGAUGAUGUGUGAGGUUCCGAAGGUCUCUCUCUCUCUCUCUAUAUAUAUAUAUAUAUCUCUCUAUCCCUUUCUUUCUCUCUUUCUCUUAUCACUUAUUUGCGAAUGUCUUUGCGGUUGAUGCUUCCGCAUAUGAAAAAAUGUCAAUUUCAUAGCUCACAUGAAAAAGAGACGGCUUGCAUUACGAUUAAGUAACAAGUUAAACGUUAAAUGUGUGCGCGCGCGUGUAUGUAUGUGUAUGGAUUGCGAAAAUAGAUAUAAUUAUCUCUUCAUUGAUAUAGUUGGUUUCAAGUUAUCAGACGGUAUAUUUUAUACAUAAUCACACAUCGACAGAGAAUUUGGGCCUAGUUGAUAAGGUUCACAUCUUAAAUCCAGCAUGAUAGUCAAAAUGUUAGGUAUAUUGCCAUGUGUCAUUGUUCAUUGUAAUCAUAAAUUGGAGAGAUUUGUAACGUUCGAUGUCAGCUUUUAUCAGGAUCGAGCUUAUCAAAAGAAAAUAUAUUGUUUUUUUAUGAAUAUAUAAGAGAACGUGGAUUUUAUUUUAAAUGAAAUGAAACUUCAAUGCACGAGGAAAUGCGCGCACGUGCACACAUACACACACACACACACACACACACACAGAACACACACGCGCGCGCGCGCGCGCGUGAAGAGGCAUAUAUAAAAUAUGUGCCAGACUGUUAUUUUUAACAUUCUCGCUACAAUAUCUCAUAACGCACUUUGCCAAAAUGAUAAAAGCAUUAUUUUUACAAUCUAUAUAAAAGACACGAAUAUUAAAAAAGACUAAGAGUUAUUAUAUCAUGUUGGAUGGCCUUCGCUUAGGGAAGUUUUAAUCGCUCACAAUUAUUCGACUCAACGUCAUCAGAAUAAACCGCAUUCAUUCGUAAGAUUUUGAUUUUUCUUCGGUCUUAUUUUUUUCUGUUUUAUUAUUUUUUUAUUUUCCCUUUCAAUUUGUUUUUCUUUCCUUUCGUCGAAAAUGGAUGUAUUAUAUACAUAUUAUAACCGAGAAAGAUCGAUAAAGAGUUGAGAAGUUCUAGAGAAAUAACAUAUGCUUUUAAGUAGCGUACAUAUUAAUCAUGCAGAAAAUAAUAUGACGUUUUUGUAGAAGUACUAGUUGAAAAUGGGCGGCAGUAAAAACAAUGAGCUACAUUAGACCUUGCCUUAGCUGUUACUAGGAGAUACGAGAGAAUAAGAUGUAUAUAAAAAGAAAGCUUAUAAGACAGUUAAGGAGUAAAUCUACAUUCAGUCAGAGAUCACGGGAGACUAGGUCUAUUUCUAUUUUUUGUCCUUUUGUUUUCGUUUCUUUUCUUUGAUAGACAUCGAUUUCGAUGGACUCCAGAAUCGGAUGAAUGCACCGCAAGGACGUAUUAUAUGUAUUUACACAUACAUAAAAGCUGCACUUGUUAAAGACAUGAUCCACGCUUCAGUUGAUUUGUGUCAGAGACAGAAAGAUCGAGAAGUAUCGUAUCUUAAGCUGCGUGUCGACGUGAGUCUAUUAACAUAGACGAUUGACAUAUUCGUUUGUAAAAAAUCAUAAUUCUACAUACCGUAUACAUGAUAUAUCAUAACACGUUAACAUACCUCAGAAAAAUGUGUAAAUAAAGUAACGAUCAUCCAGACGUUAGCACAAGACGCAUAUAAUGAAUGAUAAUAAAUAUUAAUAAAAUUAUUACACAUUAAUGAUAUGAUAAUAAAGCGCUGGCAAAUUAUGGAUAAUGAGAAAAGAACGAUUGAUGAAGAAACUAUUCUAACGUAACAGCAAUAUAUAAAUACCAUUGUUCCUGCAAAGCUCUAGUUUCGUUAAGCAUGAUCUAAAUGUAUAUGUGUGUGUAUGUGUGUGUGUGUGUGUGUGUGUGUGUGUGUGUGUGUGUGUGUGUGCGCGCGCGCGCGUGCGUGCGUGCGUGCGUGCGUGUGUGCGCGCGCGUCAUAAAUCAUUUCCAAGAUAAUCCGUAGCUCGGAUAGAAAGACGUUUGUUCACACAAAUAAAAAAUACAUUUAAAGAUAAGUACGAAUAUAUAUCGUUAUGUUAAUAAAAAUGCGCGUUGCAUCAAUUGUGUGCCUUAUUCUGUGGCGGCCGUUUUUGUAACUAUUUCAGAUCACUCUUCUUCAUAAUAGUCAGUAGUGAGAUCGAGGUAUGAUUAAGCCUUGUUAAAAUUGAUGAAGAGCGAAAAGGAAAGAGUGAGAAGAAAAAGAAAUUUUGCGGGAGAUUCGCCCGUGCGCCGCAAUAAUGAUCCUCUUAUCGGGGCAUGCACACCCAAAAAAUAAAACGGACUACUCAUUUAA